AUGCCUACCCGUACUUCGAAGACCCGCAAGCUUCGCGGCCACGUCUCCCACGGACACGGUCGUGUAGGAAAGCACCGCAAGCAUCCCGGUGGUCGUGGUAUGGCCGGUGGUCAGCACCACCACCGUACCAACUUGGACAAGUACCAUCCCGGUUACUUCGGUAAGGUUGGUAUGCGCUACUUCCACAAGCAGCAGGCGCAUUUCUGGAAGCCCGUCAUCAACCUGGACAAGCUGUGGUCCCUCGUCCCUGUCGAGACCCGCGACGCCUACGUUUCCGGCUCCAAGAAGGACACCGUCCCCGUCCUCGACCUCCUCCCCCUCGGCUACUCCAAGGUCCUCGGCAAGGGCCGUCUCCCUGAGAUCCCCCUGGUCGUCCGCGCGAGAUGGGUCAGCAAGCUGGCUGAGAAGAAGAUUACUGAGGCUGGUGGUGUUGUUGAGCUUGUCGCGUAA